AUGACUUCUGAAACUCUCGCUCCUGAUAACUCUACCAUUUCGUCGCCCCCCGCCAAACGAGCCAAGACCACCACCACAAUGGAAGCUCCCCCAGCACUCCAGAUCAAGAAGCUCUCCGAGAAGGGCCGUCUUCCUACUCGCGGCAGCGAAUUCGCUGCUGGCUACGAUAUCUACUCUGCUCACGACACAACCAUCCCAGCUCGCGGGAAGGCUUUGGUCGAUACUGACAUCAGCAUGGCUGUUCCUGCUGGAACCUAUGGUCGUAUCGCUCCCCGAUCAGGUCUCGCCUCCAAGCACUUCAUCGACACAGGUGCUGGUGUCAUUGAUGCCGAUUACCGUGGCCAGGUCAAGGUCCUUCUCUUCAACCACAACGACUCCGACUUUCAGAUCAAGGAGGGUGACCGCAUUGCCCAACUCAUCCUCGAGCGCAUCUACACACCCGAGGUUGUUGAGGUCCAGGAGCUUGAGGAGAGUGUUCGAGGUGCUGGCGGCUUUGGAAGCACGGGUUAA